AAAUUGGCAGGAUUUGCUUCUGGAAACUUGAAAAGGAGGAAAGAAGGAGCAAGCUGAUAUUUGCGCUCACCUUUACGGUAGUUUUAAAUGUAGCAGGGUGGAAAAAAGUUGUAUUUUGCAGGGUGGUGCAAAGAUAACGGCGGUGACUUCAUCUAUUAGCUGGUCCAGUAGUUAUUUACACAGCUUUCCGUAAGGGCAUGCACGGCAGCAGAUGACAUAAGGUGUCAGCAUUUCACUAGGACAUUUUGAGCUUCACAAUCUACGGGCAAGUGCUGCCUCUAAAAAGGUCUUGUGCAAAUGCUUCUGAAGCCCUGGCAAAACAAUAUUCAUUGGUGCCAACAGGGUUUCCGCGUGCAUACAUAGUAGAACGUCGAUAAGGUUGUAAGCGCUUGAAAGUCGUGCGCUUCUAAAGAUUGCUCUCUAUUACAGCUCACUUUCUUCUAUAGGAGCUGUCUAUGGUGCCUCGUUAGAAGUUUCUGAGGUGGUACAUGUGAUAUAACUUUCCAGCGUCUCAGGCUGAUUGGGGGUCCUGCAGGCCCAAGGUUAUACUGAGAUCCAUCGCUCAGUCUGAAAGUUGCAAGGUCUUUGGGAGUGAACAGGGAAAAGAGGUGGUGGCUUGGAAGGAGAGGAGCUAUGGCGCCUUGGACCGGAGCUAGAUUUUUAUGGCUGGCCUCCUUAUUGGCAGCACUGACAUUCCCACAGACCAAAGCGUUUGACCUGACAACCGGACAAUUGUUUAAUUUUGCCCCUCUCCCAACGGGGAGCCUUCCAAACGAGCCCCUCUUCACCCCAGAUCUACGAGCAUGUGUUUUUGCAAACAUCCAAAGGAGCCUAUCCAACCUGACACUGUCAGACUCCCAAACCAACGCAAGGUUCUUGAGAUUGAUCUUCCAUGACUGCGCAUCGGGCGGGUGCAACGGGUCGAUCAUGAAGCUACAAGAACAGAAGGCCUUUGUCAACACUUUCCUGUCGGGUUACGACAAGGUCCAGAUCGUCAAAGCUGCAGCGGACGCCGCCUGUGGCUCCAACCUGUCUUAUGCGGACACAAUCGUUGCUGGGGCGUUCAUUGGGGUGUACUUGUCCGGUGGUCCGAACGUCACGCAGUACGUCAGGCUGGGGAGAGCUGACACCGACGGGUUGGACGACCCGGAGAGGCUGCCGUCGGCGUUUACCUUGAACGACGACCUGAUCAAGACCUUUGCCGUGCUCGGUUUGAAUGUGGAGGAGUUGGUCGCCCUCUCCGGGGCCCACACGCUCGGGAAGGCGACGUGCGCCAAUGUCACGCCAAGGAUCGGCGGGGACCCAUAUGCGGACCCACAGUUUCUGUACGGCCUGACCAACCAGUGCCGGACGUUGCUGCAACAGCUGUCCAUGGACCUGUCGCCGACCCAGUUCGACACCAGCUACUACAAGGUGAUGCAAACCGGGAAAGGCAUCCUGCAGACCGACGAGGGCCUCUACGCCGAAAAUACAACCAGGGCAUACACCCAAUUGUUUGCCAGCAACCAGACCGAGUUUUUUAGCUCCUUUGCGGUAGGGCUCCUCAAAAUGAGCCUUAUCGGUUUGCGGCCGCCCAGCGUAUCCAACGUCUCGGCGGGGCUGGAUCGAACAACUGCCACGUACCUGUUCCGAAUCGAGGAUCUGCAAGCGGCGCUGGAUGCGCAGAUUGCUACUCCAAACAGUCAGGUUGUCGUCACUUCCAUUCUCCCGGCGGAUAACAACCCCGACGUCACUAACGUCACCUUUUGGGUCGUCCCCGCUGCCAUCAACUACAAUGGUACGAUCCCGUUGCAAGAGGCGGCCGUUAUCGUCAGUAGCCUGAAUGCCACGUCAGCGGACCCGUCCAAGCUGAUUCUGAACAGCACGGGGUUGGGACCGGUCCAAGGACUGCAGAUCUUGUCAUCCCCUCUCGCGAACGUCACCCUGACGUCACAAACCUUCUCCCUAGCCUCGUUCACGCUCGCCCAAACCCUCGCUACGUUACAGCAAAACCUCGAAAUCUUAACCAGUCAAAUUGCUCGCGCACUGGGCCUGCGCCCGAGCGAGACGCUGGGAGUAACCCUCUCGACCCCGGUCGGCGCUUCUGGGACGUUGGUUACGCUAACCGUGACAGUGGUUGGGGGUCCUCUGAGCUCGGGGAGUUCUACCGGGCAGCAGAGGGUGGGGGACUUGCAGUCCCUUCUAGGUUAUGCGGUGGGGAAUCAUACUCUGGUUAACGAAACCCAGUUUGGGAUUCCGGAAAAUGUGUUGCGAGCGCCGGAGAAUGGGACCACGAUGGUACGAGAGACCGGGGCAAGCAGCCCGAGGAGCGACCAGGGCGCGGUAGCACCCGUCGGGAACUCGGCUUUAUCAAGUGUUCCAGGCUGGAGCGUUCACGUUUUCAUUUCUAGCGUUGUGCUUUUGCUGAGCGUCCUCUUAUAA